AUGACGGAAUCCUCCCACCUUCGUGCGAAUGAGGAUGAUAGUUCUUGUGACAGUGAUUCGGCAGAAACAGUUGUUUUAGGCGAUGACCUGGGCUUUGACCGUUGUAAUAAAGGUAUUUCGUUUUUACGCUUCAUGUCCGUAGAAGACGACCGGGAUGCGAGUGGUGAUUUACUCCUAUCGAAAUGCGUUUCGAAGCCUAGGUUAUCAGAUCUGCCGACAGGAUUGUCGAUUCUCAAGAAUCAUGUAAAUUUUACCGAAUCUUCACUACCACCCGGAAGUUUUUCGUUCAAAGAAUGUCGGAUUAAAAUGGAUAUGGAUUCUCAGCAUAAGCGAUUGGUAGAACAUAGUUCCCCUGAUUCAACUACCCAUUCGCCAAAUGUCGAUUCUGAGGCUCUCCCGAAUCAUAUCCUGUCGCCGGUUUUAGACCCAAUUGUGAUUCCUAUUAAUUCAAGUUUGCCACAAAUUGCACCGCUUUCUGAAGGCUCGAGUUCUGAUGGUCAAUUCAAACAACCAAGAUCGAUUCCUAUUUCCGAAUUGCGAUGCAAGAAUCGUGAGGCUGCCCGCAAAAGUCGUGCAAAGAAGAAGAACUAUAUCCAGCAAUUGGAGCACGACUUUAAAGAACUUAAGGAGAAGUACGCUUCUAUGCAGCAGGAAAACGCUGAUCUUCGAAGGUUCAUCUUUCAACAUUUCGGUGUGAAUCUCUCUUCCCCCAAACCGGAAAGUGGUGGCAAAUCUCUGAUUGCUAAACCGUCCAGUAAUCAACCAUCCUCAACGGUCAAACAAAUUGCUCCUGCUCCACCGGUUCUUAUUGAAUCCAAUGGGUCUAUUUCUUCCUCUACCACUGCUCCUCCCAUUUCUGUCAUGCUUGAAGGAACCUCUGGAGUUCAAGUUUUGCCGGUGGCAGGAGCCCUCGGUCAUCCCAUCAUUCUCAAAGUCGUCCAGCCAGAUGCAGUUUACCCUCAACCUCCGGCCCCAACGACGGAUUCAGCUUAA